AUGGCUACAUCUGCAAGCAUGAGCUCCGAUGAUAGUUACACAAAUGAUAUGUUAGAUCUGAUAGCAAGUUUAUUAAAAUAUAUGAAACUCGAACACGUUUAUACAGCUGGUGAAUUAGAUAGAGUGUUGCCAAUUGAAUUGCAUGACAAAAAUAAUCAUAUCACUACCAUCAUAAAUCAACAUUAUCAAACCAAUUAUAAAGACCAAGAUGUUUCACUUGUUUUAUCUUUAUUGAAAAGUUCGUGUUUACCAAAAUUAAGUUCAACAACAAACAUACGUAAAAUAUUGAAUAAAUAUACUAGUAAUCUAAACAAUUUAUUAUUAAAUAUUCGCUGUAGUCAUUAUAAUUAUAUACAAUUAAUACCAUUCAUAGGAGCAUGUUAUGUGUGUAGUAGAAAUCUUCUACCGUCAAUAACAAGUAAAAAUAUAAAACUUUUUGCAACUAAUGGAUUAAUUGAACCAGCCACAUUACAUUUUAAUCAAUGUACACAUUCGAAGACACUACAGAAAGAGGAAGAAAUGAUACAAAUCUAUCCGAAAUUUGUAAAGAAAAGUAAUAUUUUAACUGUUACACCAGCUAGUUUUGAAAACACCGAUUAUAUCUAUUUUGGUGGUGAGUACGGGUAUGAAAAAUCAUAUCUAUUAAAUUUAGAAUGUAAUAUAAUUUCAACAAAAGCAUCGUUUGAGAAGUUCACUGAUGCAUUUAAUUUACAAUCCUUUCAAUCGAGAACAACAGCUGAUACAACCAAUGUUAAAUCAGAUCGACGACGGCUUAUGCAAAUACUAUUCGUGUAUGAAAUUAUCAAAUUUAAAUUUUUUAUGGGAUAUACCAGCGUAGAUAUACCAUCAAAAACUAAAUUAACAACAACAGAUGAUUUUAUUUAUUCUCAGUUUGAACAAUGUUAUCAAGAAUUUGUCUUUUUCUGGUCUUAUCAUCGUUCAUUCAAACCGUGUCCAUCAUUGUGUUCCGUAGCAGCUGUUGUCGAUGGUCACCAAAAAUUUCGUAGACGAAUCUGCAAAAAGAAAGAUAUUAAUAUAAAAACAAAUGAAUUCGAUGAAAUUACAGUCGGAUGCUCCCAUACACCACUGUUCAGAAGUCAAUACUGUGAACAACAUCAACCUGAUGAUACGCAAAUAUCCUCAUCAGUUACCUCAGUUGUUGCACAAUAUGAGACGAGCGGUAGAGGCACGGACCAGGAAUUUGAUGAUAAUUCAAGUAGUGAUGAUGAACAAAUGGAUAUGGAUGAUGCUCGACGAAAUGACAAGGACAAUUCUCAAUUAGCGUCUAUUUUAACAACAAGAAAUAGUGUUACGAGAGCAGGUAAACCGUACAAAAAAGAAAAGUACAGUUUUCAUGCACCAACAUCAUGCCGAACAUUAAAACAAAGACCAUCAACGUAUGUGGAAAAAUGUCUUAGAAGCUUUGGUUUAAUAGCUGUUGUUACCAAUUGCAAAAUAAUUAUUGGUUUCUGUGAAAUUUAUCGUUCAGAAACGUUAAAAGAAAUAAUAAAUGAUGACGGCUGCAAUCUAGUCAAAUAUUUCAAGAAUAAUCUUGGAAAAAUAAUAAAAAAAACGCCAGAAAGUGAAUAUUUUCAUAAUUGUACAUUUUCUCUCGAUCGUCUUCACUAUCAAAAUCAUGUUGAUACUUGGUGUCGAGCAAACAUGAAUCCGGACAAACAUGCAGCAUUAGACGGUGUCAAUACACAGAGUGCAGAACAAUGUUUCAUGCUCGUGAUACCUAUAUUAAAUUCUAUACUAGUGGUAAGGAUAUUAUGGAAAAAACGUCAUAUGAAACAAAUGUUGACAUGGAAAAAAGCAAAAAAAAUGACGGUCCAAUUAUUAUCUGUUUUCGGUCUCCAUUUAAUCAUUUUUUUACCAGCCAUCAUAACUGGACUUAUCCAGUUAUUUUGGGUGCCAAAUUUUUUAGUUGAUGUUCAAUUCACAUAUUUCUAUGAAAUGUAUUAUUUUAUUCCAUUGUUAUUACCAUUUAUAUGCUUGAGAUCUUUGACAGAAGUAUUCAAAUCACAUAACAGACGAAAAGGAUUCACCACAGUUGGAUUUGUAAAUAUCAAUGGAGUUAGACUACUAGAUUAUUCAGCUCGACCUGAAUAA